AAGAUGGAUUUAUCAGCCGUGGCGCAAACGAAGCCGAUUUCCACAUUGUCUGCUUACAGCUACAUCCCGCCCCGUCGGCGCGAAGCGAGAGAGACGACUUACUUCAACAGCGAGUCCAAGACCUCAGACGUCCUUGUAUAUGACCGACUGUUCAAGUGGGCCGAGGGUUGGGACAGCAGACAGCACCGCGAUGACAGGAAACACAGCAACGGCAGAGGGCUACACGUUUAUGAAGAGGAGAAGUCCAGAGUUGUACCUUUACUGUCCUCUUCAGAGUAUGGUCGGCGGCCAGUCCCUGAGCGUUACCAGUCAGAAAAGCAGUUUGUCCGUGUGGCACAUGUGCAAAAAGAAUUUUUCCGGAAAAAUGGCAUCACCCAGGAUGUGGCAGACGGGUAUGGAUCAGUGGUCCCCAUUUAA